AUGGCCUGUUUUGGCGACACCAUCGACUCACUUCUGGAGACAUAUUCCAAGUGUCUGUCUCUCCUGAAGGGCCUGAAGGGAGCUCGUAACAACAAGCAGCCUCGCCAACUUCGAAGGAGCAUUCGCUCUGACAGGUCCAAGGUCCGAAGUGUAUACUCUUCGAAGCUGUCCGUGGCCGGGAGUCAUCUUGAAAAGGGCGACGCCGUGGCUCGAUCUUCUGUGCGAAGAGUGAUUAAGCGUCUUACAUCGGCCACGACGAACUUGCUUCAUCUCAUGACCAGAGGCCAGAACCCGCUCAUUGACUACCAGUCACUAAAGACUCUGUCCAACUCAUCACGUGUCGAUGCUGUCAAAGCGAUCAAUGACCUGUCACGGAGACUUAGCACCCCAUCCUUGAAGUCUAGCUCUUCUGGGCCAAGUAAGAGGAACAAGCACCCGAAGAGGAUACUUGCGGCAGACAGCAAGUCCAAGUUGAAGGAUAAGGAAGCCUCGGAGCGCAAACUUCUCAAGGCUGCCGCGGAGGCGCCCGAAACAGAG